UGCGCAUUGCGCGCGCUCUCGCCUCCACUCUGUCGUGCGCGCGCUUGACUUGUCUACUAGUCCAGUACUGCUCGAGCUCACCUGAGCAUCAGACAAGACACUGCGCUGCUUAGCAACUCCAAACCAGGAGCACGAUGAGACUGUCGGUCGCUUUUCGCCAUGCACAUCGGAGCCACGCGAGUAUAAGACAAUCACGCGUCGGUGUCAAAGUUUUAAACCCGGAGAACAGAUUCAUACCUAAUAAUAGCGCUGUUUCUUAUUUACGGGUUCGGGAAGCAAGUUCGACCAGCGGCACAACUGAAACGGUAGCGAGCUUUAAAAGUCACCCGCGAAAAAACGAUGGACUGCUGUAUGAAAGUGCUGUUGGUGACAUUGUUCAGAGGAGCAGAGAGGAGCUCAAAGCUAUUAGAGAAACCAACCCAGGCCUCAAACCUACACUUGCUAUCAUACAGGCUGGUGAAGAUGACAGUUUGCUGGAGGUGAAUAAGAAGAUGGCUAGAAAGAUCGGCUUGAACGUUAUGCAGAUUUGUCUUCCACACCAGUACACAGAGGAAGAGGUGAUCGAGGAGAUUUUGCGGUUAAAUGAGGAUUCUCGUGUUCAUGGCAUUUUUUUGCACCUUUCUCAGUCCUUCCUCUCCAGAAGUGUCUGUAAUGCCAUCAAGCCACAGAAGGAUGUAGAUGGGGUCUCUGAUCUUAAUGUUGGCCGUGUGGUGUUGGGGGAUCAGAGAGAUGGCUUUGCCUCACCUGUAGCUGGAGCUGUGCUGGAGCUACUUGCCAGGCAUGAUGCCCCAUUGGUUGGCAAGAUGGCAGUGCUGGUGGGUGUAAAGGGCCCCCUGAAGGUAGCUCUUCAGUUCUUGCUGCAAAACAAUGGCAUGAUGGUGCAGACCUGCCAGUGGAGCUCAAAGCACCUGCAGAAACAGAUCAUGGAUUCAGAUGUGGUGGUAUUUUUAGAGACAGGCCACAAGGGCCUCCCACCCACCUGGUUAAGACCAGGGGUGGCAGUCAUCAACCUUGGCUCAGCCCUAAUAGAAGAACACCCUGACAGUUGGGAGCCCAGGACUGAAGCUAAAUCUGAUGCAGGAGUUGGGCCUCUAAGUGCUGCAAUUAGAAUGCAACAUGUAGUGAGGAGCAGCAAGCGGUGGAUACAAGAACAGGAGUACCAGCCAUGGAGGCUCCGCCCACUAAAACUUCAACCACUUUCACCUGUGCCUAGUGAUAUAGAGAUCUCCAGGGCACAGACUCCCAAGCCCAUAUCCCAGCUGGCUCAGGAGAUUGGGCUGCUUCCGGAGGAGCUGGAGGCCUACGGGAACACCAAAGCCAAAGUCCAUUUGUCCCUCCUCAACCGCCUCCAACAUCAGCCUGAUGGCAAAUAUGUCCUAGUGGCAGGUAUAACUCCCACUCCUCUGGGUGAGGGGAAGAGUACAGUGACCAUAGGGCUGGUCCAGGCCCUCUCCGCUCAUCUCAAGCUCAACUCCUUCGCUUGUCUGCGACAGCCUUCCCAGGGCCCAACGUUUGGAGUCAAAGGAGGAGCGGCGGGUGGGGGAUAUGCACAGGUCAUUCCUAUGGAGGAGUUUAAUCUCCACCUCACAGGAGACAUCCACGCUAUAACUGCAGCCAAUAAUCUAGUGGCGGCAGCUAUAGAUGCCCGCAUUUUCCAUGAAGCUACUCAGUCAGACAAGGCCCUGUACAGCAGACUAGUGCCGUCUGUUAAUAGUGUGAGACGCUUCUCUCCAAUACAGCUGGCUCGCCUACAGCAACUUGGAAUAAACAAAUCUGACCCCAGUGACCUCACACCACAAGAGGUCAGCGCAUUUGUCCGUCUUGACCUUGACCCUGAGAAGGUCACAUGGCAGAGAGUUGUUGAUACUAAUGACCGAUUUCUGCGCAAGAUCACUGUUGGCCAGGCCAACACAGAAAAAGGCCAUGCUCGCCAGACCCAGUUUGAUAUUGCGGUGGCCAGCGAGAUCAUGGCUAUCCUUGCUCUGACAGAUGGAUUGGCUGACAUGCGGGCCAGACUGGGGCGUAUGGUUGUGGGCAGCAGCAGAAACAACCAGCCGAUCACUGCAGAUGACUUGGGUGUAACCGGGGCUUUGGCAGUCCUCAUGAAAGAUGCUAUCAAACCUACACUGAUGCAGACACUGGAGGGCACUCCAGUGUUUGUGCAUGCUGGACCUUUUGCUAACAUCGCCCAUGGAAACUCCUCUGUCUUGGCAGACAAGCUGGCUCUUAAACUAGUUGGAGAAGAGGGAUAUGUUGUGACGGAGGCUGGCUUUGGUGCGGACAUUGGGAUGGAGAAGUUCUUCAACAUUAAGUGUCGGACGUCUGGGCUGAGGCCUGAUGUUGUGGUGCUGGUAGCCACUGUUCGGGCUCUGAAGAUGCAUGGAGGUGGACCAAAUGUUACAGCUGGUGUACCACUGCCUAAAGAAUAUAUUGAUGAGAAUUUGCAGCUGGUUGCAGAUGGCUGCAGUAACCUAAAGAAGCAGAUUCAGAUCACUCGUCUCUUUGGAGUCCCUGUGGUUGUUGCUCUGAACGUCUUCAAGACUGACACUCAAGCAGAGAUCGACUUGGUGUGUCGCAUCGCAGAGGCUUCUGGGGCCUCAGCUGCUGUUCCGUGUCAUCAUUGGUCCAGAGGUGGCCGGGGCUCUGUGGAGCUGGCACAUGCUGUGAAGGAAGUUGCAUCUCAGGAGAGCCAUUUUCAGUUCCUGUACAAUUUGCAGGAUCCUAUUGUAGAGAAAAUUCGGACGAUUGCACAGAAGGUUUAUGGUGCUGAUGACAUUGAGCUUUCACCUGGCGCUCAAGCUAAGAUAGACUACUACAAUCAACAGGGUUUUAGUGCUCUUCCUAUCUGCAUGGCCAAGACCCACCUGUCUCUCUCUCACAUGCCUGAGAAAAAAGGUGUUCCCACUGAUUUUAUCCUGCCCAUCAGAGACGUCCGUGCCAGCAUUGGAGCAGGGUUUAUCUACCCUUUAGUUGGAACUAUGAGCACCAUGCCAGGCUUGCCUACUCGGCCCUGUUUCUAUGACAUUGACAUUGAUCCUGUGACAGAGGAGAUAAAAGGACUCUUCUGAGGACAUUUCUUCAUUACCAUACAUGCUCUUGACCAGUGUUCCUCACUGUUCAUGUAGGCCUCCAUUCAUAUACCAAUGAUUACAGCUCAUCCACUGCCUUCUGGAAAUGAAACUACUGAGAGUGUCAGAUCUACCAACAUUCCUUCUCAUUUGUUUUGCACAGGGUUUUAUAGACCAAAUUUAACUCUUAAAUAUCCCUUUAUGCUUUAGCUUCCUUCGUGGUUUUGAAUUUAGCAGCAACUUUUUUUUCAUAUAAAUUAAUUUUAAAUUUAGGCUUUACAUUUUUAUUUUUUUUUUCCCUUUCUGUAUGCAUUUGUUUACAUAGUGUUUUAGUGUUUACAAUUUAUAACGCACAAAAGCUUUUUAACUCAUUUCAUGCAGCUAAAAACUCCUAAUGCUUUAAUAUUUCUGUUUUAUAUGUUACUUAUGGAAUAUGGUAAUUCAAGCAAACUCCAUUUUUAUUUUAUUAGAAUACUGUUAGCAUUCUCCAUUUGUAACAUCUGAUACAAAUUAUUUAAUGUUUGUUAUUUUAAUACCAAAUAUGCCAUGAAUCUAAUGUCUGAGGAGCUUUUAUUUAGACACUACACAAAACAGAAUUACAGCUGUUGUUAGUGGUUUGACACCUGUUCUAACUCUCUCUCUCUUUCUUUCUUUCGUUCUUUCUCUUCAUGUUAUAAAUGAUUUAAAUGUCCAAGUGUUACUUCUGUCUACCUGUCUACGCACCUUGUCAGCAUGUGAGUACAUGCCAGAAAAUCUUGUUUUAGACAUUCCACCGUUAUCUGUAAUUCUGAGUCCUAAACUACAGUGUGCUACGUGAGUAAAGAGAAGAAUUCCAUUGACUGUUGCAAUAGUUGUGUAUGCUUCAAAACCUGUAUUUUUUCAGUGUUGACAGAUUCUACAGUGAAAAGGCAGCCAGAGAAUGAGAUGGCUGGCCAGACAAAAAUAAAACAGUAUUUCAUUUGUAAAUACUUGGAA